GUUAUGUUAUGACUUGAACUACAAGACAAUCAACCUCAUAUUGAAACAAUUCUGGACUUCUCCCAUGUGCUUCUCUCCUUGAUCUUCCUCCACCAUAUAUAUGAUAUGAUGAUUGUAUGCAAAACCCUGAACCAAAAGAACAGAUACUACCUACCCUGUAUCUAGAAAUGGAGGCUUCUGACGAUUCAAGCCAAGAGCGUGCAGCAGAGAUUGUGUUUUUUGACUUAGAAACAACCGUGCCCAAUAGAGCUGGACAAAGGUUCUGGGUGCUGGAGUUUGGGGCAAUAGUAGUCUGCCCAAGGAAGCUCGUUGAGCUAGAGAGCUACAGCACGCUCAUAAGGCCUGGGGACUUGUCUGCUGUUGCGUUGAGGUCAGGUCGGUCUGAUGGGAUAACCAGGGAAGUUGUUGCAGGAGCACCUGGGUUCGAGGAAGUUGCAGACCAGAUAUUCAGCAUUCUGAAUGGGAGAGUAUGGGCAGGACAUAACAUCCAAAGAUUUGAUUGCGUCCGGAUUAAGGAGGCGUUCGCAGAGAUUGGCCGUGCUGCUCCUGUGCCUGUUGGGAUGAUUGAUUCACUUGGAGUUUUGACUGAGAAGUUUGGCAGGAGGGCUGGAAACAUGAAGAUGGCUACAUUGGCCACUUACUUUGGACUUGGGCAGCAAAAGCACAGGAGUCUUGACGAUGUUCGAAUGAAUUUGGAGGUCCUCAAGCACUGUGCCACCGUGCUGUUUCUGGAAUCAAGCCUGCCUAGUGUGUUGAGCGGCAAGUGGAAUGACUCGACCACCAUCACAACGAGAAGUAGAAGCAAUGGGAAACUGAUGUGCAGAGAAGAAAGUAGCCGGAAAUCUCCCACAACUUCUCUUGGAUAUCAAAGAGCAGUUCCCUAUGCAAGGGGAGGCUUGGGAAAGAUGACAGAAAGGGUGAAGAAUCUAUUGUGCAAAGCCCGUGAAAAACCAGCUCUCAACAACAUACUAAAGCACUCUCAUUCGCUGCUCCGGUGACUGAAAGUUGGCUAGUUUCCCAUGUUGCAUCUAUCGAUCCUUGUCCUGCUAAUGUUUCACUAAGAUGUAGAGGUUGAAGAUGGGUUGAAGUACUACAGCUCAACCAAAGACGAGAAGAGUAAUCUCUUUGAGGCAUUCAUUCCUUUCGAACAAGCUCGAAAGGGCAGUUUCAUCGAAGUUAUCUCAAAAGUGGGAUGGAAAACUGAGGAUGAGGAUGAGGAUGAGGAUGAGUAGCUCCUAUCACCAUCUUAGAGAAACACAGCAGCAACAUUGAUUUGUAGAUAUUUUCUUCCUUUUUUUUUUUUUUUUUCAAAUAAUAUUAAUUUCUUAUAUAAAGACUAGCAACAAUCAUUCUUCCAU